AUGGCACCCUCCUUAGAAGUCCCCGAGCCUGUGGAGGACGUCAUCGCGAACCCUCUCAAGGCGAAGCCGCAGCUCGUGGCACCCGAGCCAGAGCACUGUCCCGGCCCCGAGUCCGAGCAGGCGGGCCAGGCAGACUCAUGCGCCGGCUGCCCCAACCAGAAGAUCUGCGCCGCUGCGCCGAAGGGCCCCGACCCGGACAUCCCGUUGAUCUCUCAACGACUAGCCGGUAUCAGACACAAGGUCCUAGUGCUCAGCGGCAAGGGCGGCGUGGGCAAAAGCACGUUCACGAGCCUGCUGGCCCAUGCGUUCGCUACCAACCCGGACAGCACGGUGGGAAUCAUGGACACUGACAUUUGCGGCCCGAGCAUACCCAAGAUGAUGGGCGUCGAGCAGGAGACGAUACACGUCAGCGGCACUGGCUGGUCGCCGGUUUGGGUGAUGGACAACCUUGGCGUCAUGAGCAUACAGUUUAUGCUGCCGAACAGAGACGAUGCUAUAAUAUGGAGAGGGCCAAAGAAGAAUGGGCUGAUCAAACAAUUCCUGAAGGACGUAGACUGGGGUGAUUUGGAUUUCCUAUUGGUGGACACGCCGCCGGGCACGAGCGACGAGCACUUGAGCGUGAACACAUUCCUACGAGAAAGCGGUAUUGAUGGCGCAAUAAUGGUCACGACACCGCAAGAGGUGUCACUGCUCGACGUGCGGAAAGAGAUCGACUUUUGCCGCAAGGCUGGCAUAAGAGUGCUCGGACUAGUGGAAAAUAUGAGCGGCUUCGUAUGCCCGAAGUGCACCCACGAGAGCCAGAUUUUCCAAGCGACAACGGGAGGUGGCAGAGGACUUGCGGAGGAGAUGGGCAUCCCAUUUCUGGGAGCCGUACCGCUCGACCCCCGCAUUGGCAUGGCUUGCGAUUAUGGCGAGAGCUUCUUCGACUCAUAUCCGGACAGUCCGGCAUGCAGGGCGCUCAAGAGAGUGGUGACAGGAUUAGCAGACCAGUUGGGCCUAGAUACCAAACACGUCCUUCCGGACGAAUGA